AUGUUUUAUAUUAAAGCUCCUACGGGACAAGUAUCGCUUCACGUUUUAGAAAAAUGCAUUCUUGCUAGAUUAGAAUAUUUACAAUUACUUUAUCAAGCUAAAGCUCAUGAAUUUGAUGGUAACUUUGAAUAUUUAUUAGAAAACUCUGUGUAUGAUAAAAUUGGACAUUUUUCAUUGCGACUAUUAGCAUCAGUGUCACAUGAUCUAUGCAACUAUUGGAUUGUCAGGGAAACACUAUUGUUCCAAAAUAGGCUGCAUCAUAUUUUACCUAGACAAUUAUAUAGACUAUUAAGACGUAUUGUAUGCCAGCUAAGGUUACUUGCAGAUACAAAAAAAUUAAUAAAUAGAACAUUAAUUGACAUAUGUAUUUUCUUAUCAAAUCAAUCAGUUUUUAAACAUAUUGUAUCAAAAGAUCACAAAAAGAAUUGUAAUUGUUUUCACACUAAAGUGAGAUUCGAAUUAGUACCAGACUUAAUAAAAGAAAGGAAAUUAAAUUUGAAUGCUGGAUAUGCUAUUGUAUAUUGCUCAAAAUGGAAAGAAAUACUUUCAUCAUUAUUUUCUACAUACAUGACUACAGAAUUAAUAUCUAUGAAAUCAAAAGCAAAACAUACUAUAAAUCAUGAUGCCAGAUUUGAUUAUUUGUAUCAAAAGAUCUAUUAUAAAAUAUUUAAGAAAAACUAUGGACAUGGACGUGUAACUAUAGACAAUAUAGACAUAGAGUCUAAGAAUUUUCCACUUUGUAUGCAACAUUUGCAUAAAAAAUUACGAAAUACGCAUAGACUUAGUCACUAUGCUCGUUUACACUAUAGCCUUUUUUUAAAAGAAAGUGGCAUGGUUUUACAAGAUGCUAUAAGUUAUUGGAAGGAAGAAUAUUCCAAACCUCAUUCAUGUUCCUCUCUCUGUUCACAUCAUUGGCAAUCAAAUGAACGUAAAUUUGUCUAUAGCAUUAGACAUCUUUAUGGUUUAGAAGGAUCUCGGAAAAAUUAUAAGUCACCCAAUUGCGAGUUUAUGUGUACGAAUUUUUCUAGUCCAAUGUACGAAGGAGGAUGUCCGUUUAAAAAUUUUGAUAUAAAUAUUGUAAAAAAACUUUUAAGCUCAUCAUUAUCAGAUGAUCAAGUAACAAAACUAUUAAACAUUACGUCCCCUCAAAAUCCUCAAAUUGCUUGUGCAGAGUAUUUCAAAAUACUCGAUCAAAGAAAUAGUGAUAACAUUGUUAUAAACAGUCCAUUACAAUAUUACCUAACAAUGGUUAAUGCUGAGCAUUAAAUGAUUAAUCAAAUCUAAUGAAUAACGAACAGUUCUAUAACCGAAAUAUUAAUCUU